GCGUCUUCCAUCUUCAUUGCAAUUGUAAUGGAAGAUAGGGGUUAGUGGCACAGCCUCCCUAUCGGUACGAACCAUCUAUGUAUUAGUCGAGAAUUAACGCUCGUCAGUUAUGUUCCACAAUACAUUUCAAAGUGGUCUUUUGUCUGUCCUCUACAGUGUUGGCAGUAAUCCACUUCAGCUGUGGGAAAAACAGGUGAAAAAUGGGCAUAUAAAACGAGUCACAGAUGAUGAGAUUCAAUCACUUAUCAUUGAGAUCAUUGGAGCCAACGUAAGUACAUCGUACAUUUCCUGCCCACAUGAUCCGAAGAAAACGCUAGGAAUAAAGCUGCCGUACUUUGUUAUGGUUGUCAAGAAUAUGAAGAAAUAUUUCACUUUUGAAGUGCAGAUCCUAGACGACAAAGGCGUAAAACGCCGUUUCCGGGCUUCAAACUACCAAUCUAGCACACGUUUCAACCUCGCCGAUUUCACAAAACGCGCUUAUGGUACCAAUUAUGUGGAAACGUUGAGAAUUCAAGUGCACGCCAAUUGCCGUCUUCGACGGAUUUACUUCGCCGACCGCUUAUACACAGAGGAUGAACUGCCAGCAGAGUUCAAACUAUACCUCCCUAUAAGAGGACGCUCAUCUGUGCCAAUGAGUGUAAGCGCUUGA